CUCCUGACCUCGUAUGAUCCGCCCGCCUCAGCCUCCCAGAGUGCUAGGAUUGCAGGCGUGAGCCACUGCCCCCGGCCCCUGCUCAAUCUCUUGCACCCUGGAGGGAGGAAAGAUGUGGCUGCCUGAGCCCACGUGAAAGGCCACCUCUGGCCUCUUGUGUGCAGGAAGGCGAUGCUGCUGCCCACGAAGGGUCAGGACUGGAAGGAGGUGGAUUUGGAGGCCUCUUAGCUCCCAGAGAGGCGGUUCAGUGAGCAGAGGCUGCUUGGACUGAGUCCGUUUGACAAGCUCAAAGGGGCACACAGGGCUGGGCUGGGCUCAGGCCUGCUGGGAGACUGACUCCUAAUUCUGAGGGGUGUCAGUGAUUCCUUUUGUUUCCGUGACCUGUCUUUCGACUCUGGGGGAGCCAUUUCAAGUCUGUUUAUUUGCUUCUCAUAGAAUCAUGAGUGAGAGCUAAAAAUGGCCCCUAGACGUCACCUGGGGUCCAACCAUGUCGCUGUAUCAAUGAGGAAACUGAGGCCCGGAAAGGAAACACAUUCUUGCCGAUAGUCCCCCAGUGAGUCCUGGCUUGGCACCUGCUCUCUGCCUGGCACCCAGCGCGAGGCAGUCACUCCCGUGUCAGCCAGGCAGGUGGAGGAGCAGGUGGGCGGAGGGCAGGGAGCAGGGCGGCUCCCUCAGAGCAGCUGCUGCGCUAGUCCCGCCCUGACGCGCAGCUGGCUGGCGCGGGCACCUGGAGGCAGCGGGCAGGAGUAGCGUGAGAGGACUUCCCCUCUGCUGGCAGUGGAAGACAGGAGCAGAUGGCUCCCCAGAGCCCUGCGGACCAGAGCUCCAGGGGCCCCCGGCCUGUCCUGUAACUGGGCAGUCCCUAGGUGGGCACGGGUGCUCAGGAGCCCUGAAGCCGGCUGAGCCAUGGUGCUGCCACCGGAGCCCCUGGAGAGGGCUUGGCUUUGGGAGACUCAGAGUCGUCUGUGAAAAAGCCCCUGGAGAGCCCCCUGGCAGGAAGGGGCUCAGGGGCCUGGGCCAGGUGGGCGGGCGGCCGGGCUGCAGCUAUGGACCGUGAGCUGGCCCGGCCCGCGUCCUUGCAGAGCCUGCGGGUCUGUGGCCGAGCCACCAUGGGCUCCGGGGCGUACAUCACGGUGGAGCUAGUCAUUGCCGUGCUGGCCGUCCUGGGCAACGUGCUGGUGUGCUGGGCCGUGUGGAUCAACAGCAACCUGCAGAACGUCACCAACUACUUCGUGGUGUCGCUGGCGGUGGCCGACAUCGCGGUGGGCGUGCUCGCCAUCCCCUUCGCCAUCACUAUCAGCACCGGUUUCUGCGCCGCCUGCCACGGCUGCCUGUUCAUCGCCUGCUUUGUCCUGGUCCUCACGCAGAGCUCCAUCUUCAGCCUCCUGGCCAUCGCCAUUGACCGCUACAUCGCCAUCCGCAUCCCGCUGCGGUACAAUGGCUUGGUGACUGGCACAAGGGCCAAGGGCAUCAUUGCCAUCUGCUGGGUGCUGUCGUUUGCCAUCGGCCUGACUCCCAUGCUGGGCUGGAACAACUGCGGUCAGCCGAAGGAAGGCAAAAACCACUCGCAGGGCUGCGGGGACGGCCAGCUGGCCUGUCUAUUCGAGGACGUGGUGCCCAUGAACUACAUGGUAUAUUACAACUUCUUUGCUUGUGUACUGGUGCCCCUGCUGCUCAUGCUGGGCGUCUACUUGCGGAUCUUCCUGGCGGCCCGGCGACAGCUGAAGCAGAUGGAGAGCCAGCCGCUGCCCGGGGAGCGGACUCGGUCCACGCUGCAGAAGGAGGUCCACGCGGCCAAGUCGCUGGCCAUCAUCGUGGGGCUCUUCGCCCUCUGCUGGCUGCCCCUGCACAUCAUCAACUGCUUCACCUUCUUCUGCCCGGAGUGCAGCCACGCCCCUCUGUGGCUCAUGUACCUGGCUAUCGUCCUCUCCCACACCAAUUCUGUUGUGAAUCCCUUCAUCUAUGCCUACCGCAUCCGUGAGUUCCGCCAGACCUUCCGCAAGAUCAUUCGCAGCCACGUCCUGAGGCAGCGAGAACCCUUCAAGGCAGCUGGCACCAGUGCCCGGGCCUUGGCAGCUCACGGCAGUGACGGAGAGCAGGUCAGCCUCCGCCUCAAUGGCCACCCGCCAGGGGUGUGGGCCAACGGCAGCGCUCCCCAUCCUGAGCGGCGGCCCAAUGGCUACGCCCUGGGGCUGGUCAGUGGAGGGAGUGCCCAUGAGUCCCACGGGGACAUGGGUCUCUCUGACGUGGAGCUCCUUGGCCACGAGCUCAAGGACGUGUUCCCAGAGUCCCCUGGCCUAGAGGACCCCCUGGCCCAGGAUGGAGCAGGAGUGUCCUGAUGGUCCAUGGAGUUUGCCCCUUCUGAAGUGAAGGAAAUCUUUAUCUUUCUGGUUGGCUGGACCAGUCCGUUGGGAGAAGAGAACGAGUGUGCCGGGAGACCCUGUGGGCGGCCAGUCCCCACUUUGGACUGAGAGGAGGGAGCCCCAGGCUGGAGCAGCAUGAGGCCCAGCAAGAAGGGCUGGGGGCCAAGGAAGCGGAUAUUUCAUGCUGUGAGCCCCUGCACCAGGCCAGGGCCACAGCACCAGCAGCGUCUUGGCUGGGCAGGCCCAGUCCCCUAUUCCAGAGCACCUAGAAGUGCCACCUUGUCUCCACAGAGCAGCUGUGGCACAGCAGACUGGCCUGGCCCUGCGGCUGGGGAGUGGCGCCCACAGGCCCCCUGCUAUACACACAUCACCCUCCUAGACUCCUGGCGUUCAGGAGCGGCUGGGCCCAGAUGUGGCAUUUGACAGUUUUUUUCCAGGAGAAAAUGGAAGUGUGAGGAAAUCCUUUUUUUAUUUUAUUAUCUUUCCUUCCUUGGCUGCUGGGUCUGUCGCCAGUCCUGCUGCUAACCUGGCACCAGAGUCUGUGCCCAGGGAGUCCCAGGCAGUCCUCUCCUGCUGCCGUGUACUUCCCAGUCCCAGGGCCAUCUCUUGGGGUGACAAAGCUGGGACCAAGGACAGAGAGCUGUAACGGAGCAGUGCCAGAGCAUGGGCGCAGGCCCCAGGGGAGAGGUCCGGGCUGGCAGGCCAUGAACGUGUGUGGGGCAGCUCAGAGCUGCCCAGUUAGAGGCCCUGUCCAACGGCCUUUCCUUCUAAAGGGAAUGUGUUUUUCUGAGGUAAAAUAAAAAUGAGCCACAUUGUGUUUUAAGCUUG